AUGCCUUUAGAUGUCCAAGGUACUUUUGUAUCUCAGAAAAUAAAUAAAGUGCGAUGGAUUCCCGAAGAUUACAUGGAAACGAAACAUUUUUUCACUGGAAGUUGGGAUGACGAUGAAAAUUGUAUAAAAGUUUGGGGCUUUGAGACUGCCAAUGAAGAUGAAGAUGUAGAGUAUCCUCGACAAUUAUCUGAAUACAAAGUUGAUGGUGAUGUGACUGAAAUGAAGUUCACAAACAAAAAUGUGAUAGCAGUUUCCAUAUCCAACGGUGAUGUGAAAAUGCUCGAGAUUAGCGCUUAUGAUAAAGAAGCUCCUUUAAAAGAAGUUUAUACUUGGAACAACUUGCACAAUUACGGAGUGGAGAAAUGUUCCUGUACAUCCUUGGAUACCUUAGAAGGAGAUAUAGCUAGUAUAGGAGAGGAUGGUAAUGUCAAUAUAUUAAAUGGAAGAAGAGGGGACAUCUCACAAACUAUUAAAGGAGCUGAUAGCUGCUCCCUACACUCUGUCUGCUUUAUAAAAUUAAAUGAGGUUAUAACGGGAAACGUCAGGGGCCACAUGAAGAUCUGGGACAUCAGAUCAUCAAGCAACAAACCGUCGGCAGCAUUUCUACUAGCUGGUGAUGAGUUAGCUGCUACAUGUAUCAUACAUCACCCAACACAACCACACAUUGUUUUAGCCGGCAGUGAGUCUGGAGCACUGGCGUUGUGGGAUUUGAGAAUGAAUCAGUUCCCGACAUCUCUUCUUAACGCACAUGGGGGCGGGGUCACAGAAAUGCAAUUCCACCCAGAAAAUCCAAAUAAACUGCUAACUACUUCUGUGUCCGGUGAAAUUUGGGAGUGGAAUAUGGAUAUGUUGACAAAGAAAAUGUCCGAUGAUUACAUGCCGGUGGAUGAUAAAACAAACAUGAAUGUGAACUCCUUGAUGCCCACACUACAUAAAGCCAUCAAUACAUUGCAUUGUGACCGAGGAAGAACUUUGUGUGGUGCAGACAAUGAAGCUAUAUAUUUAAUAAAGAAUCUAAGAUAUUAG